UAUUUGUUUGAAUUUCGAACGUUCGCUCUUGAUAAAAAUGUUAAUUGCUGUAGUUCGUCGGUAUGUCAUAAAUUUACGUCUGAUUUUAUGAGAUUUAAUCUUGUUACUGAUUUCCGCCGCGUUUAGAUACAGCGAGGAAAUUUGUUUUUUGUGCAAGUGCGAUUAUCGUCAUAAACUAACUGGCGGGAAAGACCUAACCUCAAUUCGUUUGAGACUUAUAAGUUUUAGUACGUUUUCAGAAGAUGGCUGAACGAUUAGAAGAUUUAAACCUACCCAACGCAGUAGUGACCAGAAUUAUCAAGGAAGCUUUACCAGACGGAGUGACGGUUGGAAAAGAUGCCAGAAUAGCAGUGGCGAAAGCUGCGUCUAUUUUCAUACUUUAUCUCACAUCAUCUGCCAAUAUAGUAGCCAAGAAAGGCAACCGCAAGACUAUCAGUGGACAGGAUGUGAUGCAAGCGAUGGUAGACAUCGAGUUUGAUCAGUUCAUUGAUCCGUUACAAGAAUCUCUAGAGAACUUUAGAAAGGCUCAAAAAGAGAAGAAAGAUGCAACAUCAAAAAAAAAACAACAAAAAAAGGAUGAUGAUGAUGUAAAUGGUGAAGAUGAAGAAGUGGCAAGAGAAGCUGUAGAUUUUUAAAAAUUUAGUGUGUCAACAUAUUGUGUUAAGUAAAUAUAAAUAUAGUUUACCUAUAAUAAUAAUUUAAAAUAUUUAUAAUGGAAAUGAAGUGCUCAGGAAUAUGAAUAAUAAUAAAAAAAACAUGCAUUCAGAAGACAAAUUUAAAAAAAGAUUAAUUUUUAUUUGCAUUUCUUGCAUUUAUGUAAUAAUUUACAUAGAAUAUAUUUUUAAAACGGUAUUAUUUCUUAAUAAUUUUUAAAAUAUUUAUAGCAUUAUAAAUAAUUUGGCAUGCAUUUCUCACACAGAAAAGAAGAGACUCGGAUCAUUUAUUUAAAAGUUAGAGAAUAGAUUAACUUGCAUAAAAAUGAGAGUUUUAUUAUAUUAAUAAAAUUUAUUAAUAUUUAA